AACAAACAUCCUCUUCCCAUUGGCCAGGCGGUUUGCAGUGCUGGACACAACAAACAAGAUAGGGUGAAGACCGUCGGGAUGGAUGCAGCUACCUUGACGUACGACACACUUCGCUUCGGAGAGUUUGAAGAUUUUCCUGAGACCUCAGAGCCUGUGUGGAUCUUAGGGAAAGAAUUCAAUGCACUCACAGAGAAAGAGGAGAUUUUAUCAGAUGUCACUUCACGACUGUGGUUCACAUACAGAAAAAACUUCCAGCCAAUUGGGGGGACAGGACCAACUUCAGACACAGGCUGGGGAUGUAUGUUACGGUGUGGCCAGAUGAUCCUUGGCGAGGCCUUGGUCUGUAGACACUUAGGCAGAGACUGGAGAUGGGUCAGAGGCCAGAAACAAAAAGAAGAAUACAUCAGUAUUCUCAAUGCCUUCAUUGACAAGAAAGACAGCUACUAUUCCAUCCAUCAGAUUGCUCAAAUGGGAGUCGGUGAAGGAAAGUCUAUAGGCCAGUGGUAUGGACCAAACACAGUGGCCCAAGUUCUUAAGAAACUGGCAAUGUUUGACUCGUGGAGCCGAUUAGUUGUGCAUGUGGCAAUGGAUAACACUGUGGUCAUCGAGGAGAUCAAACGUCUUUGUAUGCCUUGGCUGGACUUUGGAGGAGCCUGUGCUGAACCAGAGGGGGCGGGCGAGCUCAAUGGCUGCCUGGAGGGGGCCUGUGCCCUGGCCGAGGAGGAGACUGCCCUCUGGAAACCUCUUGUCCUACUCAUCCCCCUCAGGCUGGGCCUGAGUGACAUAAAUGAGGCCUACAUUGAAACUCUCAAGCAAUGCUUCAUGCUGCCUCAGUCCCUGGGUGUUAUUGGGGGAAAACCCAACAGUGCCCAUUACUUCAUCGGUUAUGUCGGAGAGGAGCUCAUCUAUUUAGACCCGCACACCACACAGCCUGCAGUGGAGCCGUAUGAAGACGGCCAAGUCCCUGAUGAGACGUACCACUGUCAGCACCCACCCUGCCGCAUGCACAUCUGUGAACUGGACCCAUCCAUCGCAGCGGGUUUCUUCUGCAAAACUGAGGACGAGUUUGAUGACUGGUGUAUGCGCAUUCGAAGGCUGUCCUGCAACAGAGGAGGCUUGCCCAUGUUUGAGCUAGUAGACAGUCAGCCCUCUCACAUGGUCAGUGUGGAUGUCCUUAACCUCACCCCUGAUUUCUCAGACUCUGACAGGUUGGAACGGUUCUUUGACUCAGAGGAUGAAGAGUUUGAGAUCCUGUCCCUGUGAGGAACAUAUGAACAAUGAGUUACUGUUCUUGACAGUAGGCAAAAGAUUCUCUGUCUCUUCUCUGUAUCAGAAGGGAAGCCAAAGGGGAUGAAGAUUACUGGUGACCUCUCGAGCCAGUCCAGCACCAAUGGUGUAGUCAUGUGUGUCACACAGCGUUCUUCUCAACAGCCUCUGAAUGCUCUCUGUAUCCAACAUGGAGACUGCCUGGUGGAGGCAGUAGCAGGAGCUCAGGAUAAAUUCUGUAUGCACAUCUUCACAUAAAUGUGUUUCCAUUUGAGUCUUAACACUUUAAAUGUUUAUUUUGAAGUGAUAUGGUGCCUUUCCCUGACUCCAUAAGCAGAAUUGCCAUAACAGUUUUUGUUGUUUAGACACACAAUGGUUCAUGACACCCAUGGCUUACGCAGUUUGUCACUAAUAUCUGAAGUCUGUAACAGCCUGUAAUGAAACCAAAUUUAGUCAAAUUUGCAGACCAAGUUGUAUUAAUUGUUCAUGCAAAGUAUCCUUGUCAAGUCUAAAAUCUGUACACUUGUUCAUUUGAAGAUUAUUUAUUUACUCAACACAAUUAUGUAGACAGGUGAAAAGAACAAUAGACAUGUAAUGGAAAAGGAUUAAAAAGUUAAAUAAAAUCAAAAUCUUUGACAAAUGGAAUAUUUCUCAUGUAUUCCGACAUAACGUGUCAGCAUAUCCGAGUAACAAUUAUGUGAUAUUAUUCUUCUCAAUUAAGCAGUGUCAGGUGACAGACUAAGCAGAGAGUGAGGUCCACUGAAGAUGUCAAGUGAUAGUGAUUAAA